ACACAGACGACAUAGAUGGUCAUUCAUGGAGAGGAUACAUUAUAUUGGAUUCUCGGACAAAAAAAUUCCAUACAACAAAUUCAAAAUUGUAAAAACAUAAAACGACCUAUUUGCUUCAUAUUCUCUGCCUUAGAAUCGCAAUUGCCAGAAAUGGCUAAAGAGCUAUUAAAACUUCACGCAUUUGCGAAUGCUGUAAAAAUGUGCGAUGCUAUUUUAAAACCAUAUGAUAUAAGUGUUACGAAUAUAUUGACGAAAAUGGAUGAAAAAUUAAACGAAAACGCUUUACAUACUUUUGUUGGCAUCAUCGCUAUUCAGAUUGGCUUAGUAGAUCUCUUAACAUCUAUAGAGAUUAUUCCGGAUUACAUAAUUGGUCAUUUUGUUGGUGAACUUGGUUGUGCUUACGCAGACGGGUGUCUGACGAUGGAACAAACUAUUCUGUCAGCGUACUUUAUUGGUUUAGCAUGUGUGAAAGAAAAACUAGAUCAUAGCUCUACCGCAGUUGUUAAUUUUGAUUACAAUUCUCUUAAAGGAAUAUGUCCAGCGGAUAUUGAAAUAAUAUGCAGAAACAACCGAAACAGCAAUAUUGUAACUGGCCCCGCUAAAUCCAUGCAAGAAUUUUUGCGAAAAUUGCAGAAGAUCAACAUUCACGUGACAACAAUCUCCAGCAACAACAUACCUCACCACAGUAGUUAUCUCGCUUCUCUGAAAUCGCAGUUUUUUACAAAAUUGAGCGAAAUAAUUUCAGAGCCGAAGGAAAGGAGUCCCAAAUGGAUCAGCACUUCCGUACCUCGCAAUGAAUGGUCCAAUUCAACGUUAAAAUUAUGCUCAGCAAGCUACCAUACGCACAGUAUAUUAAACACCGUUCUUUUUGAACAAGCAACGCAUAUGAUCCCAGAUAACGCCGUAAUUAUCGAAAUUGCACCAGUUAGCAUUUUGCAGGACAUUUUGACAGAAUCGAUCCAUUCAAAAGUGACGAACAUUGUACUGACUAAGCGAAAUAAUCCAAAUGCUAUUGAUUUAGUAUUGCAAGGGAUUGGAGAACUCUACAACUGUGGCCUACAGCCGCGGAUCGCUAAUUUGUAUCAACCGGUGAAUUUUCCAGUUAGCCGAGGCACUCCUAUGAUUUCUCCAUCCAUUAGAUGGAAUCAUUCUGAAGAUUGGUGUGUACAUCACAAAGAAACACAAAAAAUAAUCAAAUCCAGAGCAAGACGAAUAGAAGUUAGAACGAAUGGCGAAGAUUAUGGCUAUAUGACCGGUCACGUCAUUGACGGAAGAAAUUUCUUACCUGCGACAGGCUAUCUAAUGCUUGUUUGGGAAACUAUUGGAAUGAUGAUGGGCAAAAUGCACAAAUCAAUACCAAUAGUAUUCCAAGAUAUAAAAUUUAUUCGGGCUACUCAAUUAUCAAAUGAAAGCUCUGUGAUUUUGAUAAUAACGAUACAGAAAGAGAGCGGCAAAUUUGAAGUCACUGAAGGAGACAGCGUUGUUGUAACAGGUGUAGUACGCACUGUAUCAAAUGCCGAACGAGAAAUGACGCCGAAUGCUCUGUUAUCAGUGGAUACUGACGAGGAAGAACAUAUGACUUUUCGAGACAUUUACAAGGAAUUGAGGCUACGCGGUUACCAAUAUAGUGGUGCAUUUUGUGGUAUAAAUAGCGCAUCAGUAUCAGGCAGCAAAGGGCACAUCGCUUGGACAGGUAAUUGGGUGACAUUCAUGGACAACAUGCUGCAGAUGUGCAUAAUUGGAAAAGAUACCAGAGAUUUAUAUAUUCCAACGAGUAUUGAAAAAUUGGUAAUUAAUCCUGCACUUCAACCAUCAAAAUUGUGGGAAAUGACAUCCGAAUUAAAUAAACAAUUACCAAUACGUGUAUAUAAAGAAAUAGACGUAAUUAAAUCAGGUGGAAUAGAGAUACGUGGCCUGAAAGCUACCUCGAUUUCUCGCCGAAAACCAAUCGGAGAUCCCGUUAUCGAAGAACAUAAAUUUAUAGCUCACCAGGAUCGCGCUGAUAUUUCGUUAAAUGAAGCAAUUCGAAUAUCGACGCAGUUGGCGCUAGAGGAUCAUCAGAUCAUUAAAGCAACAGCCAUAGAGCUAGUGGAAGAUACAGAUGAUGUAAUGUUAGAAGAUCUAUCAUCAACGUUACUGAUCGAAGCUCUUGUUGAUAUUCCUUUAAUACAAGCAAAUGUUGCUAUACUAACUUCGCCGAAUCGUUUCAAUCCAAAGGAACUGUCUUCAAAUGUUUCAAUUGCAGACUUAAACAAACCAUUUGUAGGCGACAAAGCUUUGAUAGCUGCAGGAUUUAAUCUUUUGACGAAACAUCAGAAUUCAUUAGAACAACUUUUGCGUCUUUUGAGGGAUGGCGGUUAUCUUUUAACACGCGAGAAAUGCAAUUUAAAUAAAUAUGACAAAUAUUUGAGUAAAUAUGCUUUAAGUGUUAUUCUGGAAAAGCAUACGGAUAAAGAAAUAAUUAUACUUCUAAAGAGAAAAGUUUCGAUAAAGGAAACAACUGUUGUUCAUAUAAGCAAUAAUAAUUUCAAUUGGCUCGAAGAGUUGAAGCAACUUGUAGACGACGAGAAGAAACACGAUGGCAAUAGCAGAAUUGUAAUUGUUGGAGAGGGGGACUUUGAAUGCGGUUUAUUGGGUUUCAUUAACUGCUUGAGAAAAGAGCCUGGUGGACAACUGGUUAGAGGUGUGCUUAUUCAAGACAAGCAUGCUCCUAAAUUUUCUCUACAAGAUCCGUUCUAUAUGCAACAAAUGCAAAAAGAUAUGUCUGUUAGCGUUUUGCGACCUAAUAGAAUUUGGGGAUCUUACCGACAUUUGCGAUUACCGCAUUCAGGAGUCGAAUCCGUAACUACCGCCUAUGUAUGCCAAACGGUACGCGGUGAUUUAAGUUCUUUUUGUUGGAUGGAAAAUAAUAUAUCUGUUGAAUCUCAUGGCAAAGAUAUAGUACGUGUAGUCUAUUCGUCCAUCAAUUUCAGAGAUGUAAUGCUAGCAACUGGCAAAUUAACGUCAGACUUCAUAAAGUCGAGACGACUACAGGACAUGUGUCUUGGACUGGAAUAUGUAGGAUACGAUUGCAAUGGACAACGAGUAAUGGGAAUUUGUGACAAUAAGUGCAUAGCAAAUGUCGUUGUACGAGAUAAAGAUUUAUGUUGGAAAAUACCCGAUUCAUGGACGUUUGAGGAGGCAGCUACAGUGCCGUGUAUUUACAGCACGAAUUAUUAUGCCUUAUAUCAUUUUGGAAAAAUGAAGAAAGGUGAUAAAGUACUUAUCCACUCUGGUACUGGCGGCAUUGGACAAUCAGCCAUUCAUCUCGCUCUUCAGCAAGGAUGUCAAGUGUUUACUACCGUGGGCACUGCAGAAAAACGUAAAUUCAUCAGAAAACUAUUUCCGGCUAUUCCCGAUGAGCACAUUGGAAAUUCGCGAGACACGAGUUUCGAACAAAUGAUAAUGCGACAAACAAACGGUCGUGGUGUCGACAUUGUAUUAAACUCUUUGGCGGAAGAAAAACUUACAGCGUCUGUUCGCUGUUUGGCAAAGAAGGGUCGUUUUCUAGAAAUCGGAAAAUUUGAUAUUUUAUCCAACAAUUCUCUAAACAUGUCUUUAUUUCAAAAAGAUAUCAGUUUUUACCCUGUUCUGUUGGAUGCAAUGUUUACCAGUAGUCAUAAAAAUAAAUCUCGAUUAUCCAAAUUAAUGGCUGAGGGUUUAAAAAAUGGAAAUAUUAAACCAAUUCAGACGACAGUUUUUCCUAAGAUGGAAAUUGAAGCAGCUUUCAGAUACAUGGCAAGCGGUAAACACAUGGGAAAAAUUAUUUUAAACAUGCAAGAGGAUGGUAAAUCUUUGGAUUCACCUGUUCUUGCACGCCGUCGCUAUUACUGCCUCAACGAUAGAACUUACGUUAUACUAGGCGGAUUGGGUGGAUUUGGUUUAGAGUUAACUGACUGGCUGAUACUUAGAGGCGCUAAGAAUGUCGUACUAACUUCGAGAACUGGAAUAAAGAAUGGCUAUCAGCGAAUGAGGGUUGAGUUAUGGAAAUCGUACGGUGUAAACGUACAGAUAGUUAAAGACGCAAAUCUUGCUAAUCCGGAAGACUGUGAACAUUUCCUACAAAUGGCGGAGAAACAAGCACCAGUAGAUGCGAUAUUUAAUCUUGCUGUGGUUUUGAAAGAUUGUGUACUUAGGAACCAAACCAUGGAAACUUUCACGGAAUCUUUCAUGUCGAAGGCCUGGACGACACAGACAUUAGAUAAAGUAUCUAGAAAGAUGUGUUUAAAACUUCGACAUUUUGUAGUGUUUUCUUCCGUUUCUUGCGGAAGAGGAAACGCUGGGCAAACUAAUUAUGGAAUGGCCAAUUCCAUCAUGGAAAGAGUGUGCGAAAAAAGAGCGGAGGAAGGACUACCCGGAUUGGCAAUUCAAUGGGGAGCUGUAGGUGACGUAGGUCUCGUCGCAGACAUGCAAGAAGUCAAUAAAGAGUUAGUUAUCGGCGGGACUCUGCAGCAAAAAAUAUCUUCCUGCCUUGUAGAAUUCGAGAAAUUUUUGCUCCAAAACCGGCCGAUCGUAAGCAGCAUGAUCGUAAGUGAAAAGAAAACGCGGUUAUCCGGAUCAGAAGACAUAGUGGAAGUCGUUGCGGAUAUUAUGAAUAUAAAAGAUAUAAAAACAAUAAGUCAAAAUACACCUUUGGCUGAACUUGGAAUGGAUUCCAUGAUGGCUGUGGAAAUUAAACAAACUUUGGAACGAGAAUUUGAUAUCUUGCUUACUCCACAAGAAAUACGAACUCUCACAUUUGCAAAACUGAUUCAAAUGUCUAAUGUAAACGUUAAUAGCAACGAGACACAAACUGAAGCGGCAAAUGAUAUAAAUAAACCAGAUCUUACGAAAGAACAAAAAUUGUUAUUUGGUGUUUUGAGAAAUCAAGAUUUUGUUUCAGAAAUUUGUUUAGAUCUUCCGACCAACACAGUGGAUAAUUCGACCCAUGUAUUUCUUUUACCAGGACUUGAUGGCUGCGGAACAAUAUUUAAUCAUUUAGCACCAAAAAUUAAAUUUUCGGCAACAUCCUUACAAUAUGGCAAUAUCGGUGUUGCAAACACUUUAUCUGAGAUGGCUGAUUAUCUUUUAAUGUGUAUAUCAUCACGAUUAAGAGACGAAAAAAAAGUCGUAAUAACUGGAUAUUCUUUCGGUUCUUUUCUUGCAAUUGAACUAAUAAGAAGAUUGGAGGCUAUGGGUACUAAAAGUCGAUUAGUUCUCAUUGAUGGAGGUCCGGAAUAUGUAAUGAGUAGUGAUCUCAAUAAGUCUUUUUAUAUGAGCGAUGAAGAAAUUCAGAUUAAUAUUAUGAUCAUUAUUCUAAAGAUUUAUGAAACAGAAAUCAGUAAAGAGGUUUUAUUGGAAUUAAGAAAAUGUGAAACUUGGGAAGAAAGAUUUGAAAUUUUCGCCAAACACUUUUCGAAAGUAAUUCACUUUUUGUUACGCCCAAAUUUGCAAACACUGUAUACAACAGUUUAUAAAAAUAUACUGGCUAUUCGGCAAUAUGAUUCUUCUACAUUACCGCGUAUUAAAUCACCCAUAACGUUGUUAAAACCUACGUCGUCAUAUGCAUCUGAACUCGAAGAGGAUUAUGGUUUGUAUAAGGUAUUUUGAGAAAACGUUUUAUCAG